CCGCCCCCUAGUCCCCACCUCCCCGCCCCCCUGCGCCAGCCUUCCCGCGUCCUUCCCACCCUCAGUCCCAGGCAUCCGACUACUGGGAGCCUCAGCCAGAGUCCCAGAGCCCCCAGUCGAGAAACCAAGAGAUCCCCUGUCCUGCGGGUCUGAGAACACCUGGCUCCACUCUGGUAGAAUCCUCUGUCCUUCUUUGUGGGACAAUGAACCAGAAGACCAUCCUAGUACUCCUUGCUCUGGCUGUCAUCACCAUCUUUGCCUUGGUUUGUGUCCUGCUAGCGGGCAGGGGUGGAGAUGGGGGUGAACCCAGCCAGCCUCCUAGCUGCCCCUUCAUAUCGCCCAGUCCCCAGCCCUGGACACACCCUGGCCAGAGUCAGCUGUUUGCAGACCUGAGCCGAGAGGAGCUGACAGCCGUGAUGAGCUUCCUGAUCCGGCGGCUGGGGCCAGGGUUGGUGGAUGCAGCCCAGGCCCGGCCCUCAGACAACUGUGUCUUCUCAGUGGAGCUGCAGCUGCCCCCCAAGGCUGCAGCCCUGGCCCACCUGGACAAAAGAAGCCCUGCACCUGCCCGGGAGGCCCUGGCCAUCAUCUUCUUUGGCGGACAACCCCAGCCCAACGUGACUGAGCUAGUAGUGGGGCCACUGCCUCGGCCCUCCUACAUGCGAGAUGUGACCAUGGAACGUCAUGGCGGACCCCAGCCCUAUCACCGACGCCCGGUGCUGGCUCGAGAGUACCUGGACAUAGACCAGAUGAUCUUCGACAGAGAGCUGCCCCAGGCUGAUGGUCUGCUCCACCACUGCUGCUUCUACAAGUCCCAGAGACGGAACCUGGUGACGAUGACCACGGCCCCUCGUGGUCUGCAAUCUGGGGACAGGGCCACCUGGUUUGGCCUCUACUAUAACAUCUCGGGAGCCGGGUUUUAUCUCCACCCCGUGGGGUUGGAGCUGCUGGUGGACCACAAGGCCCUGGACCCUGCCCGCUGGACCAUCCGGAAGGUGUUCUAUCAGGGCCGCUAUUACGAGAGCCUGGCCCAGCUUGAGGAGCAAUUUGAGGCUGGCACAGUGAAUGUGGUGCUGAUCCCAGAAAAUGGCACAGGUGCGUCAUGGUCCCUGAAGUCCCCAGUGGACCCGGGUCCAGCUCCCCCUCUGCAAUUCCAUCCCCAGGGCCCCCGCUUCAGUGUCCAGGGGGGCCAAGUGGCUUCUUUGUUGUGGACUUUCUCCUUUGGCCUUGGAGCUUUCAGUGGCCCAAGGAUCUUUGACGUCCGUUUCCAGGGAGAACGGCUGGCUUACGAAAUCAGCCUCCAAGAGGCCGUGGCUAUCUAUGGUGGAAAUUCCCCAGGAGCAAUGAUGACCCGCUAUCUGGAUGGUAGCUUUGGCAUGGGCAAGUACACCACACCCCUGACCCGUGGAGUGGACUGCCCCUACCUGGCCACCUAUAUGGACUGGCACUUCCUCCUGGAGUCCCAGGUCCCCAAGACAAUGCGUGACGCCUUUUGUGUGUUUGAACAGAACCAGGGCCUCCCCCUGCGGCGACACCACUCAGAUUUCCACUCCCACUAUUUUGGGGGCCUUGCAGAGACAGUGCUGGUCGUCAGGUCUGUGUCCACCUUGCUCAACUAUGAUUAUGUGUGGGAUAUGGUCUUCCACUCCAAUGGGGCCAUAGAAGUGAAAGUCCAUGCUACAGGCUACAUCAGCUCAGCGUUCCUCUUCGGUGCUGCCCGGAAGUAUGGGAACCAGGUUGGGGAGCACACGCUCGGCACAGUCCACACCCACCGUGCCCACUUCAAAGUGGAUCUGGAUAUAGCAGGACUGGAGAACUGGGUCUGGGCUGAGGACAUGACCUUUGUCCCCAUGGCUGUGCCUUGGAGCCCUGAGCACCAGAUACAGAAGUUGCAGGUGACCCGGAAGCUGCUGGAGACAGAGGAGCAGGCCACCUUCCCUGAGGGAGGCGCCACCCCUCACUACCUGUACCUGGCCAGCAACCACAGCAACAAGUGGGGUCACCCACGUGGCUACCGCAUCCAGAUGCUCAGAUUUGCUGGGGAGCCACUGCCUCAGAACAGCCCCCUUAAGAGAGCCCUCAGCUGGGAGAGGUUCCAGCUGGCCGUGACCCAACGGAAGGAGGAAGAGCCCAGGAGCAGCAGCAUCUACAAUCAGAAUGACCCUUGGGCCCCCACUGUGGAUUUCAGUGACUUCAUCAACAAUGAGACCAUCGCUGGAGAGGACUUGGUGGCCUGGGUGACAGCUGGUUUUCUGCACAUCCCACAUGCAGAGGACAUUCCCAACACGGUGACGGUGGGAAAUGGCAUGGGCUUCUUUCUCCGUCCCUACAACUUCUUUGAUGAGGACCCCUCCUUCUACUCUGCAGACUCCAUCCACUUCCAGGGUGACCAGGAUGCUGAGGACUGUGAGGUUAACCCACUGGCUUGCCUGUCCAAGACUGCUGCCUGUGCUCUCAACCUCCCUGCCUUCUCCCACGGGGGCUUUUCUCACAACUAGGCAGUCCCUGGGAUGGGGAAUCUGGCCAAGGGUUCCAGGGCCAGGGUGUGAGGGUUGGAUGGCAGCUAGGUGCUAGGCUGGCAGCCUAGUGGCUUCUU